AAAUAUGUUAAGAUAAUAUUCCUAUCAGUAAAAAUGUGUAUAAAAUAUGGCUGUAGGAAAAUGUAUGAUAAGUUCAAAUAUGGCUGUAGGAAAAUGUGUAUAAAAUACCCAUGAACAAAGCAAGGCGUUACUUAGAGACAACAAAAACACCAAGAUGAUGAAGAACGGUCUGCUAAUCAUAGUAUGCAUUUUCUUGGCUAUAGGAACAUGUGGAGGUCCUUUGUUAACUCGUCUCUACUACACCAAAGGCGGAUCACGAAUCUGGUUCAUGAGCUUUCUUGCAACCGCAGGGUGUCCAAUCAUACUCAUCCCUCUCUAUGUCUCCUUCCUCCGCCGCAGCAACCGCAACCACAACAACUCCGAAACCGCAGAAAAAGCUAAGGUUUUCGUCAUGGAAACUCCUCUCUUCAUCGCAUCCAUCGUUAUCGGGUUGCUCAUUGGACUUGACAACUACUUAUACGCAUAUGGUUUAGCUUACCUGCCAGUUUCCACAUCAUCACUCAUUGUGGGAACUCAGUUAGCAUUCAAUGCGAUCUUUUCUUUCUUGAUGGUCAAACAAAAGUUCACUCCGUUCUCUAUAAACGCCGUCGUUUUGUUGACGGUCGGCACAGGAAUCCUGGCCUUGCAUACCGACAGAGACAGGCCCGCUGGCGUGAGCAAGAAGGAGUAUGUGGUUGGGUUCUUGUUGACCUUGAUUGCAGCUGUUCUCUACGCUUUUUUAAUGCCGCUCGUUGAGCUUACUUACAAGAAAGUUCGACAAGAAAUCACUUUCACACUUGUGCUCGAGAUGCAGAUGGUCAUGUGCGUCGCUUCUACUUGCUUCUGUCUCGUUGGGAUGGUUGUAAAAGGCGACUUCAAGGCUAUACCAAGAGAAGCAAGAGAGUUCAUGAUCGGAAGCUCCUUGUUUUACUACACGUUGAUUGUGGUCAUAGGGAUAGUAUGGCAAUGCUUCUUCUUAGGAGCCUUAGGGGUUGUGUACUGUGCGUCGUCUCUAGCUUCUGGUGUUUUCGUCAGUGUUCUUCUUCCGGUGACGGAAGUUUUGGCCGUCGUAUGUUUCCGAGAGAAGUUUCAGGCAGAGAAAGGUGUCGCCCUCCUUCUAUCUCUUUGGGGAUUUGUCUCUUACUUCUACGGUGAGUUUAAAUCCGGUAAGAAAAUUAUCGAUAGUCCUCAGUCUCCAGAAACAGAACUGCCUCCACUUCCAGUUAGUGGCCCUGAUGUUGCUUGAAGGUAGUGUACUUUUCUGUUGCUCUUUAUUUUCUGUUAUGUGUGAUUGUGUGUAUUUUUUUGGUGUGUGAAUAUGUUAAUGUUCUUCUUGUGUACAACAAAACCAAUAAUUGUAUACGCAAGUGUAAAUGUGAAAAUAUUUGAUAA